AUGCCCGAGAGCAUGCGGGGCCUGCCGGCCGCGGCGGGGGCGGCGCUGCUGCUGGGGCUGGCCGCGCUCCUGCGCGGGCGGGCGGCCGAGGCACCCCGCGGCUUCGUGCAGGCGGUGUGGGCGCCACAGGCCUCGCCGGCGAGCUUGGGGGCCUCGCGCCCUAGGCCGUGGGCCGCGCCUGCGGAGGCCCCCUCGCCCCGCGCCUGCGGCCCCGCCGCCGGCGCGGCCCUCGGCGCCGCCGCGCUCGCCGCGGCCGCGGCCGGGCUGGCGCGGAGGAUCCCGGUCGGGGACCACCGCGCGGCGGGCGAACAAGAUCGCGCUCAGGCAGGAUCAGGUCAUCCCGUGGUACGACCGGCUCGUCCAGCCUAA